UGUGUGUGUGUGUGUGUGUGUGUGUGUGUGUGUGUGUGUCUAACUUGUCCUCCUUUGUUUCUGUGAAGGUCAUAUCCAGUACAUGUCCACCGUCAUCAAAGACAACAGGAAGCUGUUCAGAAAAAAAUAUGGAGUUCAGUUUCUUUUGGACACCAUACGCCUUUAUUACGGGAAGAACAGCCAUAGAGAUGGUGACCUGAGUGAGGAUGACAUUCGAACCAUCCGGGCGUCUCUCUGCGGACUCAUCAAGUAUUACAUCAGCAAGGGCAUGUCUCAGGAGGAGAUGCACAGCAUUCUGGGAUACAUCGCCGCCAUUGGAGACGAGGACCAGGUAAAGCAGGGGGUCAAACUCAAUUUCUACGUUUUGUCUCAUCGGCUUUCGUACAAGAUGCAGGGCUCCAAAAACG